GGCUGGGACAGAGGAGCUGACAGGGAUGAACAGCAGCUUCUUCCUCCUGAAACUAUGAGUUACCCUGGAGUUCAGACACUUUGAAAACAUCAUGUGGGACAACACAUGAGGAUGAGCGGACAUCUGCAUCUUCCCGAGUUCACAGGAACUAAAAGAGCAACAGUCUUCAUGAUGAACUGUGCUGUGAUUCUUCUAAUAACAUCAAGCUGCUUCACCUGGUCUUCAGCUCUAUACAGCCCGCACAGAGCAGCAGCAUCCAAGAAGCUCAAGUACCUCCUCGAGCCGCCUGUGUACGCCGAGGUCGUCGCCCAAAGGGGAGAAAACGUCACCUUGCCAUGUAUCCUGAGAACCAAACCCAGCCAUUACAAAGUGAAAUGGACAAAGCUGGAGCCAGAACACGUGGGGCAAGAGAACAUUAUCAUGAUAUCAAAUGCACAUGCCCACAAGCCAUACGGCCAUCUCGGCCCGCGGGCUUCUCUCCGGAAGGCUCACACCAUGGACGCCUCCCUGCAGCUCAGCCACCUUGAGCUGGAAGAUGGCGGCACGUAUCGCUGUGAGCUUGUCAACGGCAUCGAGGACGAAAGUGUCGUCAUUACUUUGAGGAUUGAAGGUGUGGUGUUCCCAUAUCAGAGCAAAAGUGGCCGCUACAGAUUCACCUUCCGUGAAGCUAAAGAGGCUUGUGCCGAGCAAGAUGGCACAUUAGCUUCCUACAACCAGCUGUACAGGGCAUGGACGGAGGGUCUGGACUGGUGUAAUGCCGGUUGGCUCAGCGAUGGGACCGUUCACUACCCCAUCAUUCAUCCUCGUCCUGCCUGUGGAGGGGAGCUGCAACCCGGCAUUCGCACUUAUGGACCAAAAGAUAAAAAUAUCGAUCGCUUCGAUGCCUUCUGCUUCACCUCCCAGACAUCUGGCUCUGUCUACUACUUGUCAGGGUCUUUCUCCUUCGAGCAGGCAGGACACGCAUGUCAGCGUCAGGGAGCUGAGCUGGCGUUGGUCGGCCAGCUUUACUCGGCCUGGCAUUUCAAAAAGUACGACCAGUGUGACGGCGGAUGGCUGAGAGACGGCAGUGUACGGUUUCCCAUCAGCAACCCCAGGGAACACUGUGGCGGCAUCCCUGAAGCGGGGGUGCGCUCAUUUGGAUUCCCCAAAAAGACGACGUAUCUGUACGGUGCCUAUUGCUACAGGUAGCCCAAAACAAAAACAACUUACAUCAGUGUCUCAACAGAGCUGAGGGUCAGAGCAAAAUGCCUGAGUGGCCCAGAAUCCACUGCACAGCAUUCACAGCUUGAUCCACCAACGGAUAGUCCUGAACAAGAAACCUCCCAUCUGAAGCCGCAGGCAAUUACUGACAGGAGAAUUAUAAGGUUAUAUUUGAAAUCAAAUAUCUUUAAAUUAGUCACAUACUUUAGACUCAUUUCUAAAACAAAGACCCCAUUUCUAUCUGACUUGAUAGAUGCAGAGAAUAUAUAGGACUAAAACAUGGGGUUGAUUUUGGCUUAUUCCAUAUGAGACAAAGACAAAUUUACAUCAAACUGAGAUAUAGAGACAAGCGACACAUCUCUACUUACACCCACUGUACAAAAGUAAAGCCAAAAUAUCCUGGAUACGGCUGCUGCCAUUUUGCGCUAGUCAUUUGGAGCUAGAGUCUGCGCAGGAGCAGUCUCCGCCGAUAUAGAGCUCCAUCCAUACACCCAGCCAACCAGUGGCAAGCACUGCUUUUGAUCACGAGCAUACUGAUUAGCACACAUAGCUGUCAAUCAUAAGAACUACCUUAAAUGACAGAAACAGUCUUUGGGAAAAAUUUGACCUUUUUAGUUUGGCUCAUGUCCCAUCCACCGACAUGGAGCCGGCGGGGUUUAUGACCUAUACUGCAGCCAGCCACCAGGCUUCACUUUUGGGGAGCUUUAAUGUCAUCCAUCUUUGUAGACAUGGUGCUUCUCAAAGUCAAGGAAGUAUUCUUAAAUGGAUUAAUUACAAGGAGGCUAUGUCAUAGGACUGUUCCAAUAUCAAGAAUCCUUUGAAUUCUACCGAAGAUCAAGUCGUUCCUUCAGAGAAUUUUCAAGGAUGCAUUUUUGUAUCCUUACCAGACAUGCACUACCCGCAAAUCUUUUCAUACGAUUUGCUGGAAUUAAAAGCAGAGCUUCUUUAAUGACACACACCUGGGCACUUAAUAGCCUGUUACAAUAUAUGUUCCCCAAAUGCUAGGAAGGCGUCUUGCCCAGCUUCUACAGUAGGACCCAACUUGUAAGGACCUUACCUAUCAAGGAAUCAUCCUUGACUUUGAGGAGACUCUGCACAGUAGCAAUCUGCUCCCACCCAUGAAUCCGUCCAACCAAUUGUGAGCAGCACCACUGAUCACGAGCACAAUGAUUGGUAUGUGUCGCUGUCCGUCAUGACGUCAAACCCUCUUUUUACUGCAUCAAAUUACUAAUUAAAACCAAACUAAAAUGUCAGGAACCAUCUUUGGGAAAAAUAAAUUUAUCCUACACUCUGAGUUUCUGGUUUGGUUCAUGUCCCAUCCGCUGACAUGGAGUGGGCGGAGUUUAUGACCUUUACUGCAGCCAGCCACCAGGGGGCAAUCAAGAUGUUUUGGCUUCACUUUUGGAAAGCUCUCAUGUUGUCCAUCUUUAUACACAGACCACGUGAGAUAUAAAAGUUUUUUUCUUUUUUUUUCUACAAGGAUACUUGCAGCAUGCCGACAUGCUGGUAAUUUGAUUCUGGCUGGUAAACCACUAUUUCUACUUCCCCUGUCAGUCUCUUAAAAUUAAUAAUCAUUUAUGAAAUAAUUGUUGGUUUACCAUUGUUUAUUUUGGGGGCACGUACCACUUUGACUAAUGGGAGAAUUGGCAGAAUGACAGAGAAAAACAAAUGUCAUACACACACAAUCAUCUUGCACUAAACCUGUAAUAACAUCUUGACUUUCUGUCAUUGUCACUGAAGGUAAAUGAAACGUUUGGUUAAUGUUGGGUCGAUCACUGCACCUGUUGGCAUAUCCAUUUAACACGAGACUGAACUGCUUCCUGUGAACUCAUUCAAAGACGCUAAAACUCUCAACUGUAAAUAACACUGUUGGUU